AGCAGGGAGUCAUCUCGCUUCUUCUAGCUACUUUUGGCCGUCCGUAACAACAGCGGCUUCACACAAGAGAUAACCUAAGGAUGGAAGAAUUUGAAGACAGCGAUGCUCCUCCUGCUGUGGACCUGAGUCAAUGCAACACCUGCAGCAGAUGGUUUUUCCCUAAAGUCUUGGAGAAGCAUGCCAAAAUCUGCCAAAAGUCAACAAUCAAAAAGAGGAAGGUUUUUGACUCCGGCCGACAGAGAGCUGAGGGUACGGACAUCCCCACCCUUAAACCCCUCAAACCAAAGGCAGAACCUCCGAAGAAGCCAUCCAACUGGCGCCAAAAACAUGAGGACUUCAUCGCCACCAUCCGGGCCGCCAAGGUCGUCGAUAAGGUCCUAAAGGAGGGCGGACCAUUACCUCCACCUCCCCCUCCUACCAUUGACCCAGACUACGUCCAGUGUCCUUACUGUCAGCGGAGGUUCAACGAGGGUGCAGCCGACAGACACAUCAAGUUCUGCCAGGAGAAGUCUGCCCGUAUGCCCAGCAAGGGCAAGUUAGGAGAUGCCAAGAAGCCUCCUGGUCGCUCAGUGUGCAAGCCUCCUGCUUCUGUAAAGGCCUCCCCGGCGGCUGUGUCACCCAACCCUUCCGCCUCCUCUCGUUUGCCCCAGAGAUCAGGUCUUGGACAACUCUCCGGGAUCCCGUCUAGUAAGGUCUCCGCUGCCGGUUCAGUGAGGAGCAAUCCCUCUGGCCUCACGAGCCCUCCGUCAGGCGUGGGGAGUAAGACUCGAGCUGGGACCUACGGCUCUGUGAGGACCAUUCAGUCGGGAACAGCAAUCAACAACAAGAAGAAAGUAGACUCCUUCACAUCGAGGAAUGAUGUCAACGACGGAGUCGGCAAUGGUGGCAUGAAGAGCAAGUUCUGUCACGCUUGUGGGACCAAGUACCCGGUUGAAUCUGCCAAAUUCUGCUGCGAGUGUGGGGUCAAGAAGAUGUGUAUCUGAUGGAGGCCAGCAGAGGGAGAAACUAGAAACAUUUGGGGACGCACAGGUCUUUUAAACUGGCGCCGUAGGUGUUUGACAGGGCGACCCCGACGGUAUUUCUACUGUUCCGGGUCUAGUUUGCCCGCAGUAAAGUGACGUCAUCGUCAGCCCGAGACCCUACGCCUUUGUGGACUUUAUUCACUUCAUUCAAAUUUGUUCAGUGCUUCCUGCUUCAUAGACCGUUAGUAAACCUUCUGACAUUUUCCUAACAUUAAUCUACAAUCAUUUUAGCAUUUAGUCACAACAAUUGCUGCGUUUCGUGACCAAUGGUUUUCAUUGGCAAAGCCGACAUCGUAAAACAUUAUGUUGAACUGUGCUCCGGUUCAUGAUAUCAAUAACAACCCAUGCAACUCAUUGUUUUCAGUUGAUCUCCUUCUUAGUGCUGGCAUACACUCUUACUCCAACACACACAAGCACGAUUGCCAUGAAACUAGAGUAAUUACUAGUUUUUAUUGUUGCUGGACAAUAGUUAAGCUUAAUAGAGUCACUGUCAGCAACUGAAAGCCAUUGGUGCAUCAUUAUAAGAUAGUACAGAUACGAUAAGGCUAAAAGCAAAGAGGUGGGUUUUAAAAUGGUAAUUAGGAAGUAAAGGGUUAGUGUUUGUUGACUUGGUGGGUGUGAUUUCCCCAGUAUCUUGAGACCCAGUCAACCGUGAUCUUAAAAGGCAUUCCUUAAUCCCAUCCGCACUAACAAAAUAUGUUCCUCUUGAUGUGCAAUAAGAUUGACUACUGAUGAAAACAAUAUGGCUAAAGAGGUGUGUUUUGAAUUUCGAAAGAUAACAGAGUCGGCUGUCAUUUGUUUCCAGCUGUCUUGAUGUCAUCCUCCGAUGCCAGGCUUUUCUAGAAAAAAAAUGUAGCAUUAACCUAAACCGUAGCCCUCAAUCUGUUCCAUGCAAUUGAUUAUUUAUUUUCCCAUUUCAUUUUACUGAAUGAACAAUGACUGCAUCUUUUUUAUUAAUGCUCUAUUCAAUUAAAAUGUUUUUCUCUGGCAUUGUAUGAAACUUAUCUGCACAGACCCCCCCUAUCAGUUUUUCUUUUGUGACUGCGUUCAGUGUAUUACGGUUCAAUAGUAAACCAACACUUGAGUCAUUCUAAAUAGGAUUGGUUGAUCUUGGUCCUCAUUAUAAAAUCCACUAUUUAUGACCCACCAUAGUUAAAUUACAGGUGGGAUGGAAAGAAGGCCUCUCCUUUAAGUUGCAAAUGUAAUGUUGGAGUAAUUAUGAUCAUCGUUGAGUCCUUUGAGAAGUCAAUUCUAAUUAUCUCACAUGACAAUAAAAGUUUCAACAGAUUG